UGAAAAAAUGGUAAAUAAUUAAUGAGGGCGUGGCCGGUGCUGACGUUCAUCAUUGUGAGCAGGAAAAAUUGUCUUCUCUUUUCUCACAGAUGGCUCCACCCACUUCCUCGCUUGAACAAAUUUCGAUCAGACAAAUGCCCACCUUAUUUAUUUUAAGCCGGUCGUAAGGAAGUCUCAGAUUUAACCUAAGUUGGAGGGAGGAUGACUCGAACCUGCGUUCAAUUUGGUUGGUAAGAAUCUUCCAUUGUAGAAAAAACCUCCAACAAGCUACUUAAGAUUGUUUGAGACGUUGUUUUAGGGAAAAAUUUUAAAUUUCCGAAAUCGCCAAGAAGUUUCUCAAGCGCCCACAUAAAUGAUUUGAUGCCUCACGAAAACUUCGGUAUAAAGGUCAAGUCAUGCUUGAACUUGACCGCAUAAGGGAUCCCCGAACUUUGCUGCAGAGAAGAUUUGAAAUAUCAUAUAUGCAUAAGAGGCUAGCUCAAAAUUUUGUUUAGGGCUGGAAUGCAAAUUUAAGCACAGAUAGGGAAGAAAACCUCAACCUGAAGGUUCAGUAAAGUUCAAGUUCCACCAAAUAAGAGAGUAGAUUUCGGUUGCAGAGAAGAUUUCCAGUAAGGGCAUAAAUAACUUGAAGACUAGGGUAAACAUUAGCUGCAGUGAAGAUUCCACACUUUUUGAAGCGACGAUUUUCAGUAAGAGAUGAUAUUUCUCCCGAGGCUCUCAAUUUAAUGGUUGACAAGACUUACGGAGAAGAUUUCCAAAUUCUGUCACUUGACAGAUUUUCAAGUUCAGUUGCUGAGAAGAUAUCCAAUUAGGGAUACAGCUAGGGCAUAAAUGAUUGAAGCCUUUGGAGCCAAAAUAAAGAUCUGCAUGAAUUUCAUGGGCUCUUCCGGUCUGAUUCUGGCUUUAUGUCUCAUAUUCUUGUUUGGAUCAGAGGCGACAUCAAAUUUACCCGCCGUCGACUUCAGGUAUCGAACGUUCGAGUCCCCGGAGGGCAUUGAAACCCUCGGAAACGCUACAUUUGAGAAAAAUGUUCUGCAGCUAACAGCCGGUGGGCUGGCACACAGCAUUGGAAGGGCCGUGUACUUUGAUCCGAUAAAGAUCUGGGAUCGAGCCACAGGGCUCACGCUUUCCUUCAAGACCGCAUUCACUUUUUCCGUCACCAGACCUGACGUGAAUCACAGUGGUGACGGCUUUGCGUUUGGGCUUUUUCCGCACAAAUUAAUCCCAAACAAUAGCGGAGGCGGCAACCUUGGCCUUUAUGAUUCAAUUUCCAGUACAAGUAAUUAUGGAGUGGCUGUAGAAUUUGAUCUGUUUAUGAAUUCAUUUGACCCGGAUAACAAUCAUGUUGGCCUGGAUCUCAACAAUAUUAACUCUGCCUGCCUGUCGACGCUUAGAAAUUACGGCCUCAAUCUAGGAGCUGGAAAUGAAAUCAAUGUUAAAAUUGAAUAUGAUGGAGUUACAGGAAGACUGAAUGUGUACGCCAUUAAUGCUUCUCUUGGGGAUCCUGGCAUCACAAGUAUGGUGCUUUCCUGUCAGUUAAAUGUUUCCAGGAACAAUACGUUGCGGCGAUUCAGAUCGAGCAAUCGCAGUGAAGCGAUUCUCACAGAGCUCGAGCCAGAGCGACAGAGAAUACCUAUCAGAAGUAGUAGUAAUAGGGCGGCUGAGGCACCGCAACCUGGUACAACUACAAGGGUGGUGCCACCAAGGAGGCGAACUUCUACUGGUCUACGACUACAUGCCCAACGGAAGCGUAGACCAACUUUUAUACGAGCCCACGGAGGUUCUGGACUGGCCGAAGCGCCUCAAAAUCUGCCGAGGCCUGGCGGCGGCGCUACUGUACCUGCACGAGGAGUGCCAAUACAAAGUAGUCCACAGGGACGUCAAGACCAGCAACGUAAUGGUCGACUCCGACUACGAAGCGCGCCUCGGGGACUUCGGCUUGGCGCGCUUCGUGGAGUUCUCAAACUAUGCCACGUCACUGACCAUGAGUAUCGGAGGUGGCACAAUCGGGUACAUCGCACCAGAGAGAUCGCUGACGGGGAAGGCCACGUUGGAGUCCGACGUGUUCAGCUACGGUGCAGUGCUCUUAGAAAUUGCCUGCGGAAGACGGCCUUUUGAAGUCAAUACAAGCGAUCCGGAUGAGGCCGUUUUGGUUGAGGUGGUGUGGAAGUUAGUGAAAGAAGAGAGAUUAUUGCAGGCUGCUGACCCCAGCCUUCGGGGUGUCUUUGACAGGGACGAGAUGGAGCGUGUGU